CCAGCUCCGGCCCAGCGGAGCCUCCGGGCGCUGGCUUCUUGCCCUGCCCCGCCCCGCGCUGCGCGCUCCACCUCCGACGCGCGCGCGGCGGAGCUCGAUCCGAGCGCGGUGGGCCAAUGCGAACACCAAAGGCAGAUGAAUCGCUUCCCCUCCCCUCCCGAUCGGCCGUGCCGUACUGCCGUCGUACUAGCCAGCCGGGUCAAAUACAGUCACACAGGGAGAGGAGAGAUAAGCUAGAAACAGAGGGGCAGAUAGCAGCGCGGAUAGAUCCCCGCCUCCUCUCCACUCUCCCCAGCAAACAACCAAAAGCAGCCAGCCAGUCGCCGCCGCGCGGGACCGCGUCGCAUCAAAGCCACCGCAUCCAACAGGGACAGGCAGGCGCACGCUCGGAAGUGGAGGCGUCGUCCAAGACGAAGAGGAGGAGGAGGAGGAGGAGGCCAGGGCGUAGCUAGGUAUGGAGUUCGCGAGCUCUUCGAGUAGGUUUUCCAAAGAGGAGGAAGAGCAGGAGGAGGAAGAGGACGAGGAGGUGUCCCCGCGCGAGAUCCCCUUCAUGACAGCGGCAGCUACGGCCGGCACCGGAGCCACCUCCUCCUCGCCCUCGCCUUCCGCGGCAGCCUCGGCGUCAGCGUCGAGUUCGGCUGCUGCCCUCCGCUCGAGCGGCGGUGGGGGCGGGGGCGACGACGACAUGGAGGUGGUCGAGAAGGAGCACAUGUUCGACAAGGUGGUGACGCCCAGCGACGUGGGGAAGCUCAACCGGCUGGUGAUCCCGAAGCAGCACGCGGAGAAGUACUUCCCGCUGGACGCGGCGGCCAACGAGAAGGGCCUCCUGCUCAGCUUCGAGGACCGCGCCGGCAAGCUCUGGCGCUUCCGCUACUCCUACUGGAACAGCAGCCAGAGCUACGUCAUGACCAAGGGCUGGAGCCGAUUCGUCAAGGAGAAGCGCCUCGACGCCGGGGACACCGUCUCCUUCUGCCGUGGCGCCGCCGACGCUGCGCGGGACCGCCUCUUCAUCGACUGGAGGAAGCGCAGCGCCGACUCCUCCCGCCACCCGCACCGCAUGCUGCCACGCCUCCCGCUCCACAUGCCGCCACUCGCGUCGCCCUACGGCUAUGGCCCCUGGGGCGGCGGCGCGGGCGGUUUCUUCGUGCCGCCCGCCACACUCUACGAGCACCACCGCUUCCGCCAGGCCCUCGACUUCCGCAACGUCAGCGCCGCGGCCGCGCCGGCCAGGCAGCUCCUCUUCUUCGGCUCAGCCGGCAUGCCCCCGCGCGCGUCCAUCCCGCAGCAGCAGCAGCCGCCGCCGCCAUCUCUGCACAGCAUUAUGAUGGUGCAACCCAGCCCCGAGGCCACGGCCGGCCUGCCCAUGCUUCUCGACUCGGUGCCGCUCGUCAACAGCCCGACGGCAGCCGCGAAGCGAGUCCGCCUGUUCGGGGUCAACCUCGACAACCCGCAGCCAGGCAGCAGUGCCGAGUCAAGCCAUGACACCAACGCAUUGUCGCUGAGGAUGCCGGGAUGGCAGAGGCCGGGGCCAUUGAGGUUCUUCGAGUCGACGCCUCAGCGCGGCGCCGCCGGUGCAGCAGCUGGCGCUGAGUCAUCUGCAGCCUCGUCGCCGUCGUCACCGUCGUCCUCCAAGAGGGAAGCACAUUCGUCAGUGGAUCUCGAUCUGUGAGCGAGAUCGACCCAGCAGGCGACUUCGAUCGAUCGGGAGAGUAUAAAAGGAAAAUUGAAAAAUUCUUCCUUCCGUCGCUACCUUCUUCGCCUUUUGAUAUUUCAUUAUAACUUUUUGAUGAUAGGAUCUAUAGAGUAGUCUUCUUCUUAACACUUGUUCUCCAUUUUUUGUUUCGGCCAUUCAAAUUCUUGUGUUGGCUUUACAAUAUAUAUAGGUACGUAUAUAGAGAAUUAAGUUAGACGAAUUAAUCAAUUGUUAUUGCUUUCAUAUAUGGUUUGAAAUCUGACUCAGUUUUACCUUC